UGAAGGAGUAGGGCGUUCGGACAUGGACCAAGCAGCGAAACUCACCAAAGCUCUGCUCAAAAACGCCACAAAUCCAAAGCUAGCAUGGCAACUCUUCAAGCGCAUUCAAUCUUCCUCACCCAAUACCUUCCUUCACUCCGUACCCACCAUCGCCCGUAUUCUCGUUCGCGCCAAAAUGCUGGACCAAGUAGACGACCUUCAUCAUCUCCUCUUGACCUCCACGCCCCAACAAACAACCCUUUGUUCUCUUGUUUCUCUCGUUAAUAUCUUGGCGAAAUCGGACCUCUUUGACAAGGCUUUCUCGCAGUUCCAGACCAUCAGAACCAAGUUCCCAGAAAACCCGCCUUCUACUUAUACGUUCAAUCUUUUGAUCCGGGCUCUAUGUGAUUCGGGUCACUUGGAGGAUGCCAAGGAACUAUUUGAUAAAAUGUCUGAGAAAGGUUGUAGGCCGAAUGACUUUAGUUUUGGGAUUUUGGUUCGUGGGUUUUGUAGAGCUGGGCUUGCUGACAAGGGAUUGGAGCUUUUGGAUGACAUGAGGGUUUUUGGGUUUUUGCCUAAUAGGGUUGUGUAUAAUACUUUGAUUUCAAGUUUUUGUAGGGAAGGUAGGACAGAUGAUGCUGAAAGAUUAGUAGAAAGGAUGAGGGAGGAUGGCUUGUUCCCAGAUGUUGUGACAUUCAAUUCUAGGAUAUCAGCUCUCUGUGGGACAGGCAAAAUUCUAGAGGCUUCUAGAAUUUUUAGAGAUAUGCAAAUAGAUGAAGAAUUGGGGCUGCCUCGGCCAAAUGUCGUAACUUAUAAUUUAAUGCUUCAGGGGUUUUGCAAGGAAGGAGUGUCGGAAGAAGCCAAGGCCCUGUUUGAGCUUAUGCAAACGAAUGUUACUCUUAUGAAUUUAGGAAGCUAUAAUAUUUGGUUGUUGGGGUUGCUAAGAAAUGUUAAGCUUGUUGAGGCUCAACUAGUUCUUAAAGAUAUGGUAGAUAAGGGUAUGGAGCCUAAUAUUUACUCCUAUAACAUUCUCAUGGAUGGCUUAUGCAAAAAUGGGAUGCUAUCUGAUGCAAGAAUGGUGAUGGGUUCUAUGAUAAGCAAUGGUCUUCAUCCAGAUGCAGUAACUUAUACCACUUUACUUCAUGGAUACUGUAGUAAAGGGAAGGUACAUGACGCAAAUAAUAUUCUACAUGAAAUGACGAGAAAUGGUUGUUUUCCCAACACUUAUACUUGUAACGUUUUGCUGCACAGCCUAUUGAAAGAGGGGAGGACAGCUGAGGCAGAACAGUUGCUGAAAAGGAUGAAUGAGAGAGGUUAUGGCUUGGACACUAUAACCUGCAAUAUCAUAAUUGAUGGUCUAUGUAAAAGUGGGAAAUUGGACAAAGCAAUUGAAAUAGUUAAUGGGAUGUGGACACAUGGAAGUGCUGCUCUUGGUAACCUAGGAAACUCAUUUAUUGGCCUAGUUGAUGGUGGUAGCAGGGGAAAGAAAUGCAUGCCUGAUUUAGUUACAUAUUCGAUUAUAGUUGGAAGUCUUUGCAAGGAAGGAAGGCUUGAUGAAGCUAAAAAGAAGUUCAAAGAUAUGAUGGCGAAGAACUUACUACCUGAUUCAGUUAUUUUUGAUACUUUUAUUCAUAGUUUCUGCAAAGAAGGAAAAAUAUCAUCUGCAUUUCGUGUUCUCAAGGACAUGGAGAAACGCGGUUACAACAAAAGCUUACAGACUUACAAUUCGUUAAUCCUAGGCUUUGGAAGCAAAGAUCAAAUAUUUGAAAUUUAUGGAUUGAUGAAUGAGAUGAGAGAAAGAGGGAUUUCUCCUAAUGUGUGCACUUACAAUAAUAUCAUUAAUUGUCUUUGUGGAGGGGGGAAAAUUGAAGAUGCAACUUCUGUCUUAGAUGAAAUGCUGCAAAGGGGUAUUUCACCUAAUGUUUCUACUUUCAAGAUGUUAAUUAAAGCCAUCGGUGAGUCAGGUGAUUUGGUGGUUGCACAUGAGGUAUUUGAGAUAGCCGUGAGUAUAUGUGGCCACAAAGAAGUCCUUUAUAGUUUGAUGUUCAACGAGUUGCUUCUUGGAGGAGAAGUCUCAGGAGCUAAACUGCUUUUUGAAGCUGCAGUUAAUAGAUCUUUUCAUCUUGGGAACUUCCUUUAUAAGGACCUCAUUGACAGACUUUGUGAGGAUGAGAAGUUAGAGGAGGCUAGUGAUAUUCUAAAUAUGUUGAUCAACAAAGGGUAUAAAUUUGAUCCUGCAUCAUUCAUGCCUGUCGUUGAUGGAUUGGGCAAAGUGGGAAACAAGCGUGAGGCAGAUGAACUUGCAGAGAAGAUGAUGGAGAUGGCUUCAGAUGGUAAGGUGGAAAACAAGGUAUAUCAAAAGGCAGGGGUAUCAAAACACAGAAAAGAAAAUAAGUAUGGAGGUGGCGAUUGGCAGAAAAUAGUGCACAGAGAUGAUGGCAGUGGAAUUGCAUUAAAAGCUUUAAAGAGAGUUCAGAAAGGCUGGGGUCGAGAAAGUAUAUCAAGUUUGAAGCCUGAAAAAAAUGACCAUUUUGAUUACUGGUAGGAUGGUCACCUGUUCCAGUUGACAUGAAGAUGGGUCUAGGUAUCAUUUAUGAGUACCUAUAGGUCCUUCUUGUCAUCAUGUUGAGUAUUUUUAGACAGGCAACCAAAGAGCAUGAGCCCUUUGCUUGUGCUUGGUACUUAUUCAUGGCAGCAGUCAUGAUAACUUAACAGGCUUCUAGUACUGGGCAUGGAACGGGCUGAUGCUGUGGAAUGAGUUUCAUAACGAUUUGCCAAGCUUGAAGAAGCAUUACUUUUCCUUCUGGCUAGAAAAUCUUUUGGUCUGUUCCUACCAAGGUUGUAUCAUCAUCAACGGAAGUUCAUGUCAGCCUAAGGUUCUGGGAAAAUUCAUAAUUUCUGCGGUUCAGCAAACAUCCUUUUGGCAGCUUGAGAUGCUAUCACCCAUGACAAAAUGAACAUCAUUAAUGGUAUGCUAAUUCUCAAGAAAAAGUUCACUUCUUUCCUUCUUGGUUAGAGAGGUAGGGGGUUUGGUUCUGCUGAAGUGGGAACGAACAGAGAAGGUGGAGGGUUGGUUGGAUCCAGAAGAACUGAAAGCAAAAACUGCAUUGGUUUUAACGCCAGUAGAAAUGAAAAUUUAUAAGUUUUACUGUCUUUGAAUCUGAAAUUUCAUCCUGAUUUAGGUUUUGCACACAUUUUUGUGAGCAGCUUCGUUUCUGGUUUUUUCAGCAAUAGGGCAAGUUUAAUAUGGCAACAAAAUUUCAUAAGUUUGAUGACAACAAACUUCAUAUGUACUUCGUUAUGUGCAAAACCUUCC